AUGGGCGCCGACGACAAAUCCGACAAGUCCAAGGUGCACAAGCUCGCCCUCAAGGGCAGCGCAAAGCUGGUCGCCGAAUUCUUCCAAUACUCGAUACACACGAUCCUCUUCCAAAGAGGCGUCUAUCCCGCCGAAGACUUCAGCGCCGUCAAGAAAUAUGGCCUCAACAUGCUAGUCUCCUCCGACGACCAGGUCAGGGCAUACAUCAAGAAGAUCAUGGGCCAGCUGGACCGCUGGAUGCUCCGCGGCAAGAUCUCCAAGCUCGUCAUCGUCAUCACGAACAAGGAUACUGGUGAACACGUGGAGCGAUGGCAAUUCGAUGUCAGAGAGAUUCCCUACCCCACAAUCCGCUGGACUCGGCAGCGAGUGCAAAUUUUCGGCAAGUCGAAAUCGUCAAAGUCCAAGUCGGGAUCCAAGGCAACGGAUCAGGAAAACGUCGCACCAGGGUCAGCAGCAGACGGACCCGCACCCGAAAAGACCGAGAAGGAGAUCCAGGACGAGAUCGCCGCCAUCUUCCGACAGAUCACCGCCUCGGUGACCUUCCUCCCCCAGCUCGCCGGCGACUGCACCUUCAACGUGCUCGUGUACGCCGAUGCCGACAGCGAGGUGCCCGUCGAGUGGGGUGACAGCGACGCCAAGGAGAUCGAGAACGGCGAGCGCGUCCAGCUGCGCGGCUUCAGCACGAGCAACCAUCGCGUUGACACUCUCGUGAGCUACCGUCUCGCGGAGUGA